UUCGGUAUUUUUGAUUGGCCGCAACACAGCUCUAACCGGAGCGCGGGACGGGAGCGAAUAAUUUGUAAUUAAUUAAUCUUCAAUCGCAACUCUGGAUGCACCUGGCGAUGCGGACAUGAUCGCCGUCGCAGAACCGCCGCUGGAGUUUGUGCCGCGCGGCCGUCAGUCGGCCGCGGAGCACCCGGGACCGCACAACCAGACGCUGGCGCGGCACCAGCUGCCCAACACGGAGCACCUGCUGCUGCAGCGGCUGCAGAACGUCAACAUCUCGUCGGCCGGCGAGGAUGCCGGCCCCAACGGCGGCUGCCAGGAGUCGUGGACGAUCCGGGAGAUGUACGACGACUACGAGGCGGCCGAGGAGCGAGCCGCCCGCCGGCGCCAGCUGAUCGAGCGGACCAAGCGCUGCGGUCCCAAGGCGGCGGCGGCCACGCAGCUCACAUCGCUGCCGCAGGGACUGCUGCAUCCGCCGCUGGAGCGGCGCGAGGAGCCCAUGUGCGACUACAUGGUGAACAACGAGGAGGAGCUGUAUGUGCACCGCAAUACGGUCGUGUGGACGCAGGGCUUCAAUGACGACAACGACGACGGGGUAUACCGGCGCAUGUGCUUCACCAGCGACACACCGGUGCGCUUCGCCUGCUUCCUCAAUCGCAGCUUCGUCCGCGGUCGACUGGCCCAGAUGAAGGCGGCCGCGCAGUCGGAGGAUGACGACCUCACCGCCAUCUGUGUGAUGGACCAGGACGCCGUGCGGGUCUAUCGCAACGACGGCGAGGACUACCUGGCCAACCUGGACUUUCCCGUCUCGCAGGUGUGGCAGACCAGCCACGGCCUGCUGCUGGAGAAGGACUCCAGCAGUGCGCUAAUCUCGCACCUGUCCAUUCCCAUGCCGCGUCUCUUCUCCAUGUCGCAUCCGCUGCACGAGGCCUGUCCCGUCGUCCUGAAGACGGCCACCGGCUCCACCGGCUACAUGACCGAGCCGGAGUACAGUGUCGUCUUCACCACCGAGGAAUCGGACCUGGUCCUCCUGUACGACGCCAAGUUCUUCAAGCAUUUUGUGGCCCGCCUGCGCAAGGUCACGCCCGACGAGGUCAACUGUGUGGGCCUGCAGCAGGAGCUGGGACAGACGAUGCUGGGCGCCCGCUCGCAGGCUGGUGGCCAUAGCUUCAGUUCCACCAAGCACAUGGGCGCCACGCCAAAAGCUCCGCAAGCCUCGUUUCUGGGCAACGUCUCCAAGUUCGGGCUCAGCCAGUCGCAGUCUUUCAGCGGCGUGCUCGGCCAGUCCAAUCGCGCCUCCUUGGGCACGCCACUGAGCCAACUGCAGAGCAGCAUCCGAAGCAGCAAGUCCAUGUCCGUGAUGGAUAUGCGCAAGAUGACGCACGUGAAGCCGGCGAAGCCCAUUGAGCCGGAGAUGUGUCUAGAACACAUCUGGUCAGAGAACACCUAUGGCACGCAACGUGAGUUCUGCGAGAUGGCCAGUCGAGCCUUCAUCCACACGGAUCUGGUGGGUCAGACCUUUCUGUGCUACCUGCUGGCCCGCUCCUGCCGCCUGCAGUUGGUGCGCCUCACUGGCUACGGCAGCAGCGAGGUGCAACUCUCGACGCUCGCCUCCACGCUGUCGGCCAAGGAUGCCGUGGGCCUCAACAGACUGCACAUGAUUGCCGUGCUCGAUCCGGGCGGCAGUCUGAUCCUCUACACCGGCACUGUGCUCAUUUCCAAGGUGCACAUUACCCCGCUGCUGGCGCCGACCGCAUCGCUGGCCACACCUCUGUUCACGCCCACGGCGGCUGCAGCUGCAACGCCGCCGCCGCCAGUGUCGGCCCAGUCGAAGGCCCCAGUAUCAGUGGCCGGAUGUGGCAGCAGCAGUUCCUUUGUGGAGGUGCGCCGAAGCAGCCUGCUGCCCACGAAGGCCCCAGGUGAUUUGGCCGCCUUCGACGAGGAGCUGCACAUGCUGUCGCCCAUUCCACCGCAGGCGGUGUCCUACACGCAACGGCAGGCGCACAAUGUCUGCAAGUCUUUGAGAGAUCCGGCAGGCAAUAGACUUACCUUGGUCUAUGCCACCGGCAGGAUGCUGAGGAUAGCGCUGCCCUUGUUGAAUGAUACCCGGCUGCUGACCAGAUGCGUGGCCACGUUGCGCCAGAUUCUGAGUCCCGAUCAGUUUCUGCACUUUGUGAUCCGUUGGUACAGCGCCAGGAAUCCGCCGGGAUCCAGGGACUACUCCAUCGAGCAGGAAUGGCUGCUCUUCCGCUGCACUCUGCUCGCCCUGAUGGGUCUGACUGCCGCUCCGGAUGUGGAGUCGGGCGAGAGCUAUGGCAGAUGUGGCACGCCCUCGCUGCAUACGCAUUUCGGUGGAGCGACGGCCACCAGUACGGGAUCGGGUGACGGAUCCAAUUGCAGUUCCAAUUCCACGCUGGGCGCCCAGGAUGAGCCAAAGAAGCGGCGAAAGUACAACGACUGCGAGGAUUUCACGGACGACGACUGGGAGUUCCUGCUGCUGCAGACCACCAUGGCGCCGUGCGGUGCCGAUGGGCACAGCUACAGCGUGGACGUCCAUGCGCCGCUCUUCCAGAUGAUUCCCGCCAUCUUCUUCGGCCUGCAUUUACUGUACGAGGAUCUCAAAUUGGACGCCGUCUUCUAUGCGGCGCUUCCCUAUCUUGCAACGUUCCUUUACCAGCUGGCCAUCGAUAUGCAGCUGGAUAGCUAUGUGCUGCACUACAUCCUGGACUUUCCCGAGCUCUCCAAUCGCACUGGAAAGCUGUCGCUGCUGGCAGCGGAGCACGGGGCAAUGAUGCUGCACCAGGAGCUGCUCAGGGUGCCGGCGCCCAGUGUGUUUGCCCAACUGGAGCACAUUGUGGUGGGCGAGGAGGAGGUGCUGCCCUACAGCUACAUGGACUGUGUGAACGAACGGAGUCGCAAUCUACUGCAACUCGUCUCGCUGGUGGUGCACGGCCAGGAGCGGCUCAAGCACUGGUGGCAGCUCCUCGAGAUCCCCGACGCCGUGCAGGCCAACUAUCCGCGACGGACAAGACGGAGCAUUACGGCGGAUGCACCACGUUGCCACCAGAUGGUCGAGCUCAUACUGGCCAUGCGUUUGACCCGACGCGACAUCGAGAGAUUCCCGGCCGCCGUGCAUCUAAUUGUGGCGGAGGCCUUGGAGGAGGCACGCCUAUCGCCGCCCAUGGGCUGCAGCAUGGCCACCUACGAGCUGAUCCUGCGCCCCGAACUGGCCACGCAUGCACAGCUGCCGUUCCUGGAGACGAGCAUUGGCCAACCGCACUGCGGCCGGGUCUACAAGGAGGACUCCCUGUCGGCCAGAUGUCCGCCCAGCGGUGGAGCAGAACCCGAGCCGCCGGAACAGUUGCGGCACGACGACAUGGACAACAUGGACACGAAGCUGUUGCGCUUGCGCUUCCCGGACGACAUGCGCGUGGAGGAGGUGCGUCGGCUGUUGAACAGCACGGAACCGGUGGUGAUCGAGGUGCAACAGUCGCCGGGCACCAGCGAUCACGAGUUCAUCGAGGAGCAGGAGAAGCAGCUGUUUGCGCUGUGCGCCAGAACGAUGACCCUGCCGCUGGGCAGGGGCAUGUUCACCCUGCGUACGAUGAUGCCGCGGCCCAGCGAUAGCCUGGCCAUGCCCAAGCUGUGCCUGGUGGGCCGGGAGCCGCUGAAGGGCACCACCAUCGAAAUGCAACAGAUCGAGUUCCCCGCCAACAUGCAGAUGUGGCCAUCGUUUCACAACGGCGUCGCCACGGGCCUGAAGAUCUCGCCGCAGGCGCAGGACAUCGACUCCACGUGGAUUGUGUACAACAAGCCCAAGGCGCAGGCGAACAAUGCUUUGGAGCAUGCCGGUUUCCUCAUGGCCCUCGGCCUCAAUGGCCACCUGAAAACGCUGUCCUUCAUGAGUGUCUACAAGUAUCUGGUCAUGUGCGAUGAGAUGACCAAUGUGGGCCUCCUGCUGGGCAUCUCCGCAGCCCAUCGCGGAUCGAUGGACACGAAAACGACGAAGCUACUGAGCGUCCACUUGGAGGCCCUGCUGCCGGCCACCGCCAUGGAGUUGGACAUACCGCAGAGCACCCAGGUGGCCGCUCUCAUGGGCAUCGGUCUGCUCUAUCAGGGCUCGGCCAAGCGGCACAUUGCCGAGGUGCUGCUGCAGGAGAUCGGCAGGCCGCCGGGUCCCGAGAUGGAGAACAGUGUGGAGCGCGAAUCGUAUGCCAUGACCGCCGGCCUGUCCCUUGGAUUGGUCACUUUGGGCCAGGGUGAAUCGCCGGCGGGAUUGCGGGAUCUGCAGCUGCCGGACACGCUCCACUACUACAUGGUGGGCGGAGUGAAGCGACCCAUCAGCGGAUCACAGAAGGAGAAGUACCGACUGGCAUCGUUCCAGGUGCGCGAAGGCGAUAGUGUCAACAUAGACGUCACCGCUCCGGGUGCCACGCUCGCUUUGGGACUGAUGUUCUUCAACUCCGGCAAUGCGGCCAUUGCCGAGUGGAUGCAACCGCCGGACUCGCGCUAUCUGCUGGACAUGGUGCGGCCGGACUUCCUGCUGCUGCGCACCAUUGCCAGGGGCCUCAUCCUCUGGCAGGACAUCCGGCCGGACAACGAGUGGUUCCAGGCGCAGUUCCCGCCAGCCCUGCGCAUUCACCUGAGGCUCCCGUCGCGCGACGACGAACCAACCGGCGAGGACGGCGACGUCGACUUUGAGGCCAUCACGCAAGCCUACUGCAAUAUCAUGGCGGGGGCGGCUUUCUGCAUCGGUCUCAAGUACGCGGGCACGGAGGACAUGGUGGCCUUCGCCACGCUGCGGGCAGUCAUCAAGGAGUUCCUCGGUUUCCCCGGCACGCCAAUGGGCGAGUGUGCCGGCCGCACAACAGUGGAGAGCUGCCUGAUGGUGUUGCUCAUCUCGAUCUCGCUGGUGUUCGCCGGUUCCGGGAACUGUGAGAUCCUGCGCAUCAUCCGUUAUCUCCGAUCGCGUGUGGGCCCACAGUAUCCGCACAUAACCUACGGCUCUCACAUGGCCAUUCACAUGUCGCUGGGCCUGCUGUUCCUCGGUGCCGGUCGCUUCACCAUUGCCAAGACACCGGAAUCGAUAGCGGCGUUGGUGUGCGCCUUCUUCCCCAAGUUUCCCAUACACAGCAACGACAAUCGCUACCACCUGCAGGCGCUGCGACACCUGUACGUGUUGGCCGUGGAGCCGCGCCUUUUCCUGCCCCGGGACAUUGACACCAAUCAGCUGUGCCUGGCCAACAUAUCGGUGCUGGAGGUGGGCGCCACCGAGAUGCGCCGCCUGCCCAUCGCACCCUGCAUCCUGCCCGAGCUGAGCAGCCUGCAGCAGGUGGUGGUGGACGACGAGAACUAUUGGCCCGUGUGCUUCGAGCGCUCACGCAACUGGCAUCAGCUGGAGAAGGCGCUGGAGAUGAGCGCCCCCAUUGACAUAAAGAAGCGAACGGGCUGCUUGUCUCAUCUGGAGGAUCCCGACCGGCUGAAGAGCAUGCUGGCGCAGACAUUGACGAUGGAGCAGAGCAUCUGUUGGCAGAUUGAUAGCAACGAUCUGCAACAGUUUGCCAGCGAACGGAUGGUGAAGCCGUUCCUAAGUCGCUGCCUGGCCACCAAAGGGACGGAUUUGAGUUAUCCGGAACUGGUGAAGCGCCACCAGAUGAUGCUGCUCUUCUACAAUGCCGUCGUCAAGGAUCGCAUGCAUCUGCUGCCCGCCUACCUAACGCUCUACGACCAUGUGACCAAGUCGAUGUUGACCAACAUCGAUGUGUGGCAGCUGAAGCUGAUCGAUGCCUACCUGAAUCGCAGCCAGGAGUCGGAGCAUCCGCUCAUCUCUGUGGAGCUCAUCCAGAUGAUGCAGGAGCUCUUCAAGCAGGAAAUGGAGGACUCGACGCGCGAGUUGUGCCUGCCGCUGAGGGAGUUCCUCAGCCGGAAGCGUUUGGAGCCGAGCUAUGUGACCACCGUCAGUGGGCCGGAUUUGCAGCGGACUUUCUGUGUGAUCAACUACUAUAACCUGUUGCCCAAUAUGCUGAAUGGCGUCGAUUUGAGUACGGGCACGGUGAACUAUAUGCGCAUACUCUACGAAUUCCGGCAACUGAAUCUCGGCGCGCACACCAUCUUCGGGCUGCUGAAGAUCCUCCAGGCACUCGCCACCGAGGUGGUGACCCUGGACGAGGCCGCCCUAUUGGCGUACACCAUGGCCACCCAAUGAUCCUCGACCGACAUUAUCGUUUUUCUAGCCUAAAAUAUAUAUUUUGUAAUAUCUGCUUGCCAUGCGGAUAUGUGUACACUUAUUUUUGAAAGCUCUUGCUACUCAGGUUUUCCCUCUCGCAGUUCAUUACUACAUAUAACUUUACUUGAAAGUUUAAAGUUUGCCACACUAACACUAGCUAUAACUGAAUUUAAGAAGCACAACAGUUUUUAUAUUUCUUCAAAGAAAGAUUUUUUUUGUGGAUCUAUUUUCAAUUGCCGCCAAAAAUUAAAUGAAUUUUUAGAAAGUGGCCAAUGACGCUUAUGUUUUAAAGCCAAGUCUAUUAAAAAACAAA